AUGGGUGGUAAACCUUUUUACCUGUACGGCUAUAGAAGUAUCGGCGAUCAACCACCGCUCUGGUAUACGGUAACUGUUGCUGAAUUUCAGUCUGCCAAGAAGACUAAUUUUGCUACUCCUCUGGGAAGACUAUUCUUGAACGAAUCUUUACUCAGCUCUGAUGAUAGUGUAAGUAUUGUGUAUACGUCUGUAUCUCCGAAUGGAAAAACGUUUGCUUAUCAGGUUUCCCAAGGAGGCGACGGUGAUACAUGGUAUUUUCGCUCCUUUGAUAUCCUAUUGACAAGGGCAAAAACUACACCAAGAGGUGGCGAGGGAAGAUUGAAAGAUUUUAUUCCUCUUUUGGCGCAGGAUAUGAUAUAUUGGACUCCUGAUUCUAAAUCAUUCUUUUAUUCUUCAAUUGCAGAUUCGAAUGGAGGAACAAAUCCGAAACAUAGCUAUAAGGUUCGACAUCACAUUUUAGGAACAGACAGCAAACAAGAUGUGACUGUCUUCGACUCAAAGAAUGCAGGAGAAUUUGGUGAAGAUUAUGGCCGCUGGCUCAUUGUAGCGGGCUACCACGACGCCGCUGCACUCAACACAAUAGCUUACGCUUCUCUAUUGACUGGACAAAAGAUUUCGAACAAUAUGAAAUGGAUCUCAUUAGCCCCAGACUUCAACUUUACCGUUCUUGCAGGCGGUGUAGUGAAUGAUUCGUACUACUUUUGGACAAGCAAGGACGCCACGAAUGGUAAGGUUGCGAAGUUCAAUCUUGAUUGGAGUAAAGCACGUCAAGUCAAGAGCUUUACCGAGUUGCAAGACCGCCCGCCAGUCAUUGACGUUAUACCUGAACGAAAAGAUGCUUUGAUCAAUACUUUGGAUGUCCAUAUUACCGCAAAAGAUAAGUUAUUGGUCAAUUACAUCGAAGAAGGUAAAAUGGCAUUGUACCUGCACGAGACCAAAGAUGGAAAGUUAAUCAAAAGAUUAUUACCAAAUGAAUCAUUCUACGUAGAUUUGAUAGUCGGUGAUCCAGAUAGCAAUACGAUUAUCGUAUUAGCAGAAAGUUGGACUACACCUAGAAAAGUCUUUGAAUUCAAAUGGGACGGUUCAACUAUGGAAUCCUCUACACUAAUCACAGGAAUCAUCAAGAAUUCCAAUCCAGAUGAUUUUGUUACUGAAAAGCGGCAUGCUGCAUCAAAAGAUGGCACUCAAAUUACUUAUUUUGUCGUUCAUCGUAAAGGAAUCCAAAUGCCUGCUCCUGCUUUCCUGCAUGCUUACGCUGCGUAUGGUUAUAUCGACAGCUUUUAUUAUCAACCAAACUAUUUUGACUUUUUUCGAAGUUACGAUGGUAUUUUCGUCUAUGUAGGAGCAAGAGGCGGUGGUGAUAACGGCGGCUCUUGGCAUGAUGAUGGAUCAGGAUUGAACAAAGAAAAGACGUUUGAAGAUAUUAUUGCAGUUAUGCAAGAUCUUGUAGCGAUAAAAUACGCUAUUGCCGGUAAAUUUGUCAUCGAAGGUGGAUCAGCAGGAGGUUUGGCAAUGGCAGCCGUGGCCAAUCAAGCUCCUGCGGGCUUAGUUGGGUUAGCCUUACCUGUUCGCGCACCUUGUGAUGUUUUCCAAUUAGAGUUGAGAACAACAGUUGGUCUUGCAAAUCGGCCAGAGUUUGGAGAUGUGACCACUCCAGAAGGUUUUGAUGCAGUUCGUGCUUGGUCACCGUUGCAAAACGUCGUGCCAAAUAAAUCUUAUCCGGCAAUCUUCCUUACUCCGGGAUCGUAUGACGAAACUGUGCCGCCUUCAAGCAGUUAUAAACUCUUAGCUGAAUUGCAGCACACGAAUCCCAAUAACGCCUUACCUUUCUUGAUGUAUGUUGUGCACAACAAAGGUCACGUUCCAAGCACAAUCCUUGAGAGUAGCUAUCAAUUCUGCAUCAUGGAGGAAGCCUUACACAUCACCAGAAGAAAAGGCUGA